AUGGACCCCAACGCCCCGACAGAGACGACGCCGCCUCAGCAACCACCGCCAGCGCAACAGAGAGACCAGAUGCAAGCCCAGCCGCAACAAGUGCAGCAGUAUCCUCUUCAGCAAGGCCCGUAUGCAGGUCUCCAGCAAGGCCCGUAUGCCUCCCAGCCAGGCCAAUAUGGCCCCCAGCAGGUCCCGAUUCGGGCUUCGGACAUGAUUCCCUUCAGCAAGCCAUGGCAUACCGCCAAGAUUGUGCUCGGAACCAUAUCCCUGGUCUGCUGCAUCAUCAUCUACGGCGUCGGCAUCUACUCCCUGACCAUCCACUCCUACUAUUAUGACGAGGGUUAUCGGUUUUCCCUCGCCGGCGCUGCGGCCGGCCUUGCACUUGUCUGGCAAUGUGCCGAGUUCAUUACCAUUUGCGCCUCAUCAAAGCAUCGUGGCAUCCAUCCCGGUGCAAACGUCGCCCUGCAUCUCGUGAUAUGGAUCCUGUCCGCCUUGGCCGUCGCCUUCGAGACCAUGUUGGUGGUCAUUGGAGGGGGUUACUAUGACAUUGACACCGACGAGCGAUACGCGGCGCUGGAGGCGGCUAUCCUGGCCUUCCUCUGCAUCCUGCUCAUCGUGCACUUUACCCUCUUCGUCCGCGCCUGCGUCGAGACCCACCAGUACAACAGCGUCUCCAGGACCGUCUAUGUGCCCAUCUCCAUGGUCCCGCCGAGUUACAACUACUACCCUGUGGCUCCGCAGCCGCAGCAGCCCAUGGUCCAGAUGACCGUCCCGCCCCAGCAGGGCCAGCAGCCGCAGAUGGUCGCCGCGCCCCAGCACGCCCAUCUGUACGGCCACUACGCCCCUGUGUAUACCCCGAAGGGCGCGUCGGUAGACUCGACACCGAGUCCCCCGCCGCAGGGCCAACCCGGGCCGCACAGUGUUAGCCCGGUGACGAGCAGUGUUUAG